AUCAAAUUCAAGCGGAUAACCAAAUGAAAAUGGUAUUUACCAUUUUGGGUUGGUAUUUACCGAUCCGUUCAAGCGAUUGUGGUUAUCAGUUUGGUUAUAAGAUCCGUGACGUCAUGAAUCAGCUGUUACAUGUCACAGUUAUCACCGCAACAUUGUGGUAUUUACCAACUCAGGAAUAGUUUUAUAUUUCUGGUUAUUAUUUGAAAUGUGACAAGUUAGAAUUUUCCCGGGUAUUGAAUAUUCUUAUUGUACUUCAGCUUCAUUUUUGGGAAACUUGAUACAGGCUGACUUCAGUGUUAGCAUAAAGUGGAGCACCUCAUUAGUUAUACUCAUUACUGUUGUUGUGAACACUUUAAAUCUAGUUCCUAUGCUUAACAAAGUAUCCUGUGUAGCCAUAUACCACAAGAAUAUUAAAAUAUGGCCAUAUAAACUCACUGGAUGAUGUCCACCUGUAUACGGUUUCGCAAAUAUCUUUUUUAAUCGCUUUUUCAUCAUUUCUGCUAAAUCAAUAAAUAUUUUCUUUGGCAUGCGGAAAAGUUUCGAGAAUUGAACGUUAUCAUAGCUACAAAACCAUGGUUCCCUCAUUAAAAUUUGUUUUCUGAAAAAAAAAACAUUUCUCUCAUGAAUAUUAUGAAAGAUUUCUUAUUUAAAAUUUCCAUUCACCGUUGUAGACGAAAUAGCACCGAUUAUUAAGUGAUAAUAAAAAUAAUCGGAGAUUAUAUAUGCGCUUUUAUAAAAUAAACAACUUGCAAAAAAAUCGCGGUUAAAACCAACGCGUUCAAGCGUUUCGUGUAACUGACGUCAUCAACCCGUGUGUCAUCUUGAACCAUAUUAUAACCGCGGCACAUAAUACAGAAAUUUUGGUUAUUCCCUUGGAUUUGAUUAGUGUAUACAAUUCCACAAGGCAAUGUCAAAUGUGUCAAAUGACAUGUGAUCUAAAAAAUUUUAACAUAACCUCACACUUAGUUGACGAAAAGGGUGUUUAUAUUUUUUCUACAUGUAUACCGAUUACAAAUAUAAACUUAUGUAACCUUAAACUAAGAUUCUCGACCGACCCAGUAGAUAUAUAUUUUCAGUCUGUUGUUGAUGACGUUGGACUGUAGAUAGUAGCAACUCAAACCAUUUACCAUAUAUUAACGUAACUGAAAGAAUGUUCAAAACUACAGCUGCUCGUGCUUGUAGGAUAGUCUCCAAUUCCCGAAAACUUCAUAAAACAUGCAGGCUUUCAACGGAAAACCAGGGCGAGAAUCCCAUAAGGAGAACUUUGAGGAUAUUACGUGAUGACAUAAAACUUAUUAAACGCCCUGCAAAUGAAGAGGACUAUAGGAGAAUGCUUGAUAGGGAGUUUCCAAGAUUUUGUGAUGUUGUGAUAAUAGGAGGAGGUGCUAUGGGAAGCUCCAUUGCUUAUUGGCUAAAAGAAAAAACUGGCGUAGAUGGUAUCAGAGUUGUUGUAGUAGAAGAAGAUAAUACAUAUAAAACGUGUUCUACUGCAUUAUCUGUGGGUGGUCUUAGACAGCAGUUCUCUCUUCAAGAAAACAUCCAGAUGUCACUAUUUGGUGCUGAAUUCCUGAGAACCCUCAAAAAACGUUUUGGACCAGAUGCUGAUGUCAAUUUUCAUCCAAAUGGAUAUCUGUUAUUAUCCAGUGAAGCAGGUGCACAGCAGUUAAUUGACAAUUCAAAAUUGCAAACAGAAUUAGGAGCUGUAAAUAUGGUUUUAACAAAAAAUCAAAUCAAGGAAAGAUUUCCUUGGAUGGAUGUAGAUGAUGUGGCAGUAGGUUGCCUAGGCUUAGAGAAAGAAGGCUGGUUUGACCCCUGGUCCCUAUUAACUGUAUUGAAAAAUGGUGCUCAUAAAAAGGGGGCUCAAUAUAUCAAUGCUAAAGCUGUAGACUUUGUGUUUCAAAACAGGGAGGAUAUAAUUGUGGAAGGAGUGGAGCAAGGGAAUUAUGAAGCUAUCAAUGAACUUGUUGUAGAAAUGCCAAAUGGAGAACGCAGAACAAUACAAUUUGCGUAUUGUAUCAUAGCUGCAGGAUGUAAAUCCAAAGAAAUUGCUGAAAAGGCAAGGAUAGGUACUGGAAGUGGUAUGUUGAGCUUAUCAUUACCAGUAGAAAAAAGGAAGAGAUACGUGUACACAUUCAGCUGUCGUGAAAAUGCGCCAACUUUGAAUACCCCCAUGGUCGUUGACUAUACCCACAUGUACUUCAGGAGAGAGGGUCUUGGAGACACGUUCAUAGCUGGGAUGUCGCCCGAACCUGAAGACGAGCCUCCUACUGAUGAUUUAGAAGUUGAUUAUUCAUAUUUUGAUGAAAAAAUUUGGCCAGUUUUGGUUAAAAGAGUACCUGCAUUUGAGUGUAUUAAGGUGAAUGGUGGAUGGAGUGGUUUUUAUGAAUAUAACACGUAUGACAUGAAUGGAAUCAUAGGCCCCCAUCCAUACUAUACAAAUCUCUACCUAGCGACAGGCUUUAGUGGUCACGGCAUUCAGCAGGCACCAGCAGUCGGUAGAGCAAUAUCAGAAUUAAUUUUAGAUGGUAAUUUUCAAACAAUAGAUUUAACGAGAUUAGGAUUUGAUAGGUUUAUUGUAGAGAAGCCAAUGUUUGAGUUGAGGAUAGUCUGAUUGUUAUUUUUUACCUAAUUUAUUUGAAUAAAAAACAUUUUCCAAGA